UAUAUUAAUAACGCUCUUAGCCUAAUACUUAGAGACUUUAUAAUAGUAUACCUUAAUAAUAUCUUAGUCUAUAUAUUAGAUCUUAAGAAGUAUAUAUUUACUAUAAAAGAAGUUAAAUACCUUAGCUAUAUUAUAAAGGCAAGGGCUUAG